AUGCCGGUGAUCUCGGCUGCUAAACUCGCCUCUUACUUAUGGAGGGGCACAGCACAGUCGGCGGCCAAUGCCGCCCAUAACUCGGCUAACACUUUUCGAGGUGCUUUCCAAGGUGCAUCUUCCGGUUCUACCUCUUCCACCACUACUGGCAGCUCUGCUUCUGGUUGGGCUUCUGGCCUCAGCAGUGGCGCUUCUUCUGCUGGUGCAGGUGCCGGUGGUGCCAAGUACCAUGCUGGCCGAGGCGCACACUUUUCCUAUCAACACACAGGACGUGCUCUUUCGCAAGCCUCUAGCACUUCCAACAGCGAUACUAACAACAAGAGCAAUGACGACGAUGACGAGGUUCGAAGACAAAAAGCGUACAAACUUAGGCUAGAUGGUCAACAGCCGUAUGAGCGUUCGAUGCUUGCCCAACCUGGUCAUUUGACCAACUCACAUAUGCAGGUGCGGUUCAGACAUGCUUUCGCCAAUACACAGGGGCCUUUGCUCGUCACCGCUGCUGCGACAGAAGGUGAUGCGUCAAUACAAGCACAACAACAGCACAAGCGACUUGCUUCUACUUCGGCCACCUCCACUCAUGAUGACCCUUCUGGAGCCGGCCCACAAUCUUCCACCGUGAUCGCCUCUGGUAUUAGCCCACGCGACAUUAUCUACAGGAACCUCCGCACUGCUGCCAGGAGAAAAGAUGCUGCUAUGGUUCGCAUCGGCAUCGAUGCUUUCAAGGCGUUGCCGAAAAACCAGAAGACGAUCACUGGCUUCAAUAUGGUCAUGAAUGCUUUGCUGGCUGUUCGCAAGGAGGGCCAGUCUGUGUCAGAGAUCACCGAUACCUACAACGACAUGAUCCAAGCUGGUCUCUCGCCCAACAGCCAUACAUAUACCGUGCUUGUCAAGGCGCUCUGUGCGCGCGACGCAGAGACUGCAGCCAAGCCUAUUUCGGAUGAUGUCAAGGGCUCCCAAACAGAUGCUUCCACAACAAAGCCUCCUCAGGACGACUUCAACCAGGCUCUCGAAUUGAUGGGAGCCGCACACAGAAAUCGCACGUUCUUCAGCGACGAAAAGGCUUACAACGCCAUUCUCUCCAGCUGUGCUCUUCGCGGCGACGUCGAUCGAGCCUUGACGGUGCUCGAUCUUCUUGAGAGCAACAUGUUUGUUUACACUAACGCCGCUUCUUUCAAGCAUCUCAUCAGGACUUUCUUCACCGAUCCGCAGAUCAAGCCCCAAGAAACAUUGCCCGAGCAGCAGGCACGCAAGCUCGCAGCAUGCAAGCAAGUGUUUGAUGAGUUUCUGCUUGCCAGUCAACACCCCGCGUGGAAGCACGAGGGUGACGUGCGAGUCUGGUCUUCGUUGAUCGAGGCUCAUUUCGCUCUCGACGAUCCGAGUGGGGCAGUGAAGUUGUUCGAGAGGAUGCUUGAAGGUGGUGACAACGUUCCAGCAUUGCACACUUCGGUGAUCUCGUCGAUGAUCCGCGGGUUCUUGGAUGUUGGCGAUACCGCUACUGCACUUCUUUGGUUCAGCAAGGUCAGUCCCAUGGUGGCUGAUGGUGAUGAUGCAGCAGCAGCAGCUUCUGCUGCCUCCAAGUCGGCUUUGCCCUUGCCGGGCUACCGCACCAUGGAGCAGCUCAUCGCUGUACUGGUGGCUGCAGAAGAGCAGUAUCUUGAGCCUCUCGAGCACGUCUUCCAAGUCUACUUACAGCGUUGUGCUGACUCGCAUGUCGAUGCCGACUUUUCGACCCUGUCUCAAGUCGUCUCUGCCAACGUCGCCAAUGCACAGCGUCUUCUUGAUAUCAGUACGGCAGAGGAAGCCAAUGCACCGCUCGAUCGCGCACUCAAUGCCGCAGGUGCGUUCUUCGUCCAGCAAGCCGCUCGCAUCCACUUCCUCGACCCUGCCGACAACGUUCAACAGACUCACAAUCUCGUCACUGCCAUCUUCCAACUCACCGAUACCCUUCUGACUGCCAACCGCGCCGUCGAUGCUGGCGCCACCUUGACAUACGUUGGUCUCUUUGUCGAGAAACUCAAUGUCACAGCUGAACCCUUCAAGGCCUACGGUGAACGUCUUUCACAAUUUGCUACCCGAUUCUUGACUACCGACUCCUCUGAUACCGAUCUCGCUCCCAUCCGACUCUUCGCCAGCGCCGAGUUUGUUGCGCCAGUAUUGCGCGCUACUGACUUGCUCGACGAGCAUGUGGCUGCCAACGUUGCCAACCUGUAUCGAUCCGUGCACAACCAGACACCGGACGCGAUCACCAGUCUGCCGUUCUCGGUUGAUGCCUGGUCGUUGAUCUUGGAAGCUUUCUGCUUCGAGGAGCUCAACGUUCGACCGCUCAACUUGGAUGCGUUCAAGGCGGAUGGAUUACCGAUUGUCUUGCAGGAUCUUGCGAAACUGCCUGUUGCUGAUGCUGACACGCCGGAAGGUACUGUUGUGCGUCCAGCUGCGGAUGCUAGCAAAGUUAUCCAGCUUACGGUUUCUCGCUAUGGGGAGGAGGCUCUUUCGUUGCUUCCCGACUGGGUCAAGGAAAGCGCUGCAGCUGCUACCAAUGCAACCACUGCCGCCGCAGCUCAGGAUGCUGUGUCAGAGGUCGCCGCCGAGACAAGCAGCGAUCCUGGCUCGGCAUCUCAGAUGAGCGCUUCGACACCUGCCACUACGCCUCCUCAGCAGUAUUCGCCUCUUUACCGACAGGACUUGCCCGCACCGAUUUUCUCUACUGGAUCCUCUACUUUACCCGCUUACAACUUCCCUCCCGUCCAAGUGAUUGACACCGACCUCGGUAAGAAGUUGUAUGCACUUGCACGCCAAUCAGGUCAAUACGAAGCUCCUCGAGCCUACAACGAGGUCGUCGAGCAGGCCAAGGUCGGCAACUACGCUCAUCCCGAAGCACUUUCGAUUCUCAUUAGUUGUUUCGGUCGUCUUGGCAAUGUGGAACGUGUCGAGGAAUUGUAUGCAAUGGCCCAACAGGUCUUGCACGCUCUGGCUGGUGACCCCUCUUGGCAGACGAAUGCAUGGUUAAGUAUCGAAGAUUCGAUGAUCCAGGCACUCAGCCAUGCUGGUCGACCUGAUGCUGCCACAACGCAUCGUCACCGUAUUAUCGCUGCUGGAGGUGCACCCAUGCCCAAUUCGUACGCUUCUCUCAUUGCUACCAUUCGCGACACCACCGACGACGCAUCGAUUGCUCAGGAACUCUUUGACGAAUCGCAACGCCUUGGUGUUCGACCCUCCACCUAUCUGUUCAACGCGGUCAUCUCAAAGCUUUCUCGUGCUCGCAAGACCGAUCGCGCCCUGCAGCUGUUCGACGAAAUGACGCUCAACCUUGGUAUCAAGCCCACUACUGUCACCUACGGUGCUGUCAUCAACGCUUGUUGUCGUAUCGGCGAUGAGCAGCGUGCAGUUCACCUGUUCGGGCAAAUGGAGCGCGACUCGGGCUUCAAGCCCCGCGUUCCGCCGUACAACACUAUGAUGCAGUACUACAUCCAGAGCGUACACGAUCGCGAGAAAGCGCUUGUCUACUACAACAAGAUGCUUGCUGCUGGCGUCGAGCCGAGUGCGCACACGUACAAGCUAUUGCUGGAUCUGUUUGGCGCUAUCGAGCCUGUUCAGCCGCAAGAAAUGGAAAGGGUGUUCGCAGAGAUUGUUGCCAACCCAUCGGUGGCGGUUCAGGGCACUCACUGGGCUUCGUUGAUCAACUGCUAUGGAUGCAUGCUCAAUGAUUUGGAUCGCGCUAUCGCCACUUUCGACUCGAUUGCAACACAUCCUGCGACACAGUCAAGGAAGGACACAGACACGAGGCUGAAUGCGGUCUCGUUUGAGGCGCUGCUUGCAGUUUUCGUUGCUCAUCACAGGACAGAUCUCAUUCGCUCGCAUGUGGAAAAGAUGAAGCAUGCUGGUGUGGCCAUGACUGCUUAUAUUGCGAACUUGCUUAUUGGAGGAUACUCGACCGAGGCAGGCGAGAAAGGAUUGGAGGAAGCUCGUGCACUGUUCGAGAGCAUGAGCGAGCCUGCUGCUGGUAUUGCCGCUGUUGGCAACCAUCUGCCCAGGGCUCAUGGUGCUGGUGCACCUGCUCCUGCUGAUGGUUCUUCGGCUCACGCGUCGUCGAACAUGUCGCCUGCUGCAUCCGUUGCCAGCAGCGAUGUCGCAAACCCAUUCGGAUCGGUGCAGCGUGAACCUUCCACGUACGAAGCUAUGAUUCGCGCUGAGCUGAGCCACGGCCAUGCCGAUCGCGCUGCUGCUCUGGUCGACCGUAUGGAGGCACGAGCUUUCCCACCUGCUUUGAUCAUUCGUGCUCGUACACUCGUCUCUGACAACAUCGCUUACAACGCCGAAGUUGUCAAAGCCAACGCUCAGGCAGAGGGCGUGCAUACCGCGAACAGUCGCUUCACGUUUGGCCAGAUAUCGCCUCGACUGAAGCACUCUGGCUUGUACAGCAACCCAUUCACCACCCCUGUCAGCAACAACGCCACUGGCACCGUGUCAGUUCGUCAUGCAUCGACCAUGUCAGGCACCCCUUUGGCUGCGGGGACGAGCAACCCAGCUCCUGGACCUCCUAAACCCAAUAGCCCUUUUACCAUCUUCGACCGUGCCACCAAGACGCUGCAAAAGGAUCGCGCUGCUCUUCGACCUUUGGUCUCUGCUCAGAAUGACAUGCAUGCAUUCGGUGCUGACUCGACUCGCGGCGAGCCAUCUCGACAGACCGACUACGUUCGACGUGCUAUCGCCGAAUCGCUCGCUGAUCGUGUGCAGGACAUCAAGCGCGAUUUCCCAACGAUUGUCGAGCUUGGUGCUGGACCUGGAUUUCUUCGUCAGUAUCUGGACCCAAAGGGAUGUGGGACAAAGAAGAUCAUCAUGUGCGACACUAGCGAGGCGCUCUUGAACCGCGAUCGACAUUUGGACGAGCAGUAUGGAUUCGAGAUCGAGCGCCGCGUGCUCGAUGAAGAGAUGCUGCCUUUCGAAGAGGCUAGUUUGGAUUGCGUGGUGGUCAGUGGUGGAUUGCACUGGACGAACGAUUUGCCUGGUGUGUUGAUUCAGAUUCGACGAGCAUUGAAGCCGGAUGGUGUGUUCAUUGCUGCCCUUUGCGGUGGUGAUACGCUGUUUGAGUUGCGAACGAGUCUGCAGUUGGCCGAGCAGGAGAGAGAGGGUGGUAUCUCGCCUCGUAUCUCUCCUAUGGCUGAUACUCGGGAUAUGGCAUCUCUCCUCUCUAGAGCUGGAUUCACCAUUCCUACUGUUGAUGUGGAUGAGGUGGCUGUUGGAUACCCAAGCAUGUAUGAGCUCAUGCAUGACUUGCGGGACAUGGGCGAAUCGAACGCCGUCAUCAACCGCCGCGGUCAAUUGAGGAGGGAUACGAUGUUGUCUGCUGGUGCGAUCUACCAAGCUUUGCACGGCAGUGAAGGGGAGGGUGAGAACGAGGUUGUACCGGCGACGUUCCAGAUCAUUUACAUGAUCGGAUGGAGUCCAGCCCCGACUCAGCCCAAGCCAUUGAAGAGGGGAAGUGCGAAGCAAAACUUGAAGGAUGUGCUUGCAGGACAAGAGGGGGAUGUGCAGCAAAAGAUCGAGGAAGAGAUCAAGCAGAAGGAGCAAAAACAGUGGAUCAAGUCGAUGGAAGAGUCUCCGUUAAACAAGAACAAGUGA